GGUCGUCCUUAAGAUAAAUACAACGGAUGCGGUGAGGUGAUGGCGCGGAGAGCAUUGAGAUGAAACGUAGAAGAGGCAGCGGAAAGAGAAGCCCUUCGGUUUCUUUGGCGAUUAUCUUCAUGAUGGCUGCAUACUACUUCACCACCCUCUCCUUCGCCCAACCCCAUCUCAAUUCCCAGCUUCCAACCAACAAUGGUUAUGAAGGUGAGAGCAGUAGAAAGCCAUGGCCUUGCUGCAAUAGGUGCGGUGGGUGCACCAGGUCCAUCCCGCCGGAAUGCCAGUGCUGGGAUCUCACCAGGGCCUGCCAUCCCCUGUGCAAAGAAUGCGUUCGAUCACCACUUAGCGUCGAGCCACCCCUCUACCAGUGCAUGGACCGCAUCGCCGGCUACUGCAAGAUCCCAUGCAAGUCGCCGCCGAGAAGCUAUUUGCGAUGACCAAUGCGUUGUUGCUUUGUUUUAAUUUCUGAUCGUUUGAUCCAUUUGAUGUCUUCAAUUAACGAAAAUUUGCUAAUGCUUUCUUGGAGGAGGGUUGUACUCAUCAAGGUUUGGUUGCUUGGACUAAAGAUGAUUCGGUGUCCGGGUUGGGUGGGUGGAUGAAAGCUUUCAAAGAGCAGAGUCGUUGCCAACCUAUGUUGACAACGAAGUAAAUAAAUAAAUAAAAGGGUAUUUGCUUAGAGGAAUAAAGGUACUGUCACUUUGAUCGGCUUUA